AUGGCAGCCGAUAAGGUGUUCAGUGUGGAUGAUGUCGCCCACCACAAAGACAGAACUGACCUAUGGGUCAUAAUUCACGGAAAAGUCUACGACCUUACUAAAUAUGUGCGAGAUCACCCUGGUGGCGCAGAUGUCCUGUACGAUGUUGCUGGAGUCGAUGCGUCCGAAGCAUACGAUGAAGUCGGCCACUCCGAGGAUGCAGAUGAGAUCUUGAAGACGUUUUUGAUCGGCACAGUUAAGGGUGCCCAAGAGAUCAAAGCUCCCAAGAAGGUUGUCCGCCUCAUCCAGGCAACUACUCCGAAGGAGAACACUACAUCAUCGCGUUCUUCCGCUGGCACAGUUACCUUGGUUAUUGGCUCCGUUGCUAGUGGCACAGCACUCUACUUUGCUUCCCAGCAUAACUUGAGCCUCCAAAAUCUGUUAUCAAAGCUUUUUCUGUCCUCCACAGCGUCGCUACGAUCUACACCGACUCUUUCCUUACCGCAAGGAGGGUUCUUCACCGGAUUUACUGCUGCUACCUCUCUCUGUGUCACUAUUGGCGCCUUUCUUGCAGCCAAGCUUUCGAAGUUCACUCAGAUUGAGUCUGGAUUUACCAAAUACCCUUCUCAUUUGAAGAGCCAGCCUGUGGUGAAGGCGGAUCCUGGACUUGCCCGCGGUUUCCUACAGCCUAAGGAAUACCAAGCUCUUCCCUUGGUCAGAAAAGAGCAGCUAUCCCCGAACGUCUUCCGCUUUAUCUACCAGCUGCCGAACAAAACUGAUGUCAUUGGAAUUCCAAUUGGUCAGCAUUGUGCUAUCAAAGCCAACAUCGACGGAAAAGAUGUUGCCCGAUCCUACACCCCAACCUCCAACAAUACAGACCUAGGUAGGCUGGAGUUGGUUAUCAAGUGUUACCCCGAUGGCCUCCUGACUGGAAAGUAUCUCGCUAAUCUGAAGAUCGGCGAUGAGACUCUCUUCCGUGGGCCUAAAGGUGCAAUGAAGUAUAAGAACGGUCUCUGCAAAAAGAUUGGAAUGGUUGCUGGCGGUACUGGAAUUACGCCUAUGUACCAGCUUAUUCGUGCUAUCUGCGAAGACGAAACAGAUACAACAGAAGUUAGUCUAAUCCUCGCCAACCGCAGCGAAGAGGAUAUUCUUCUGCGAAAGGAACUCGAAGCAUUCGCGAAGAACUAUCCUAAGAACUUCAACCUCUGGUAUAUGCUCGACAAACCCCCGCAGAACUGGGCCUACGGCAAGGGCUUCAUCACCCAGGCUGUUAUGACUGCCAAGCUUCCGGCCCCUUCUCCCGAUACCAAAGUUAUGCUCUGCGGACCUCCUGGCAUGGUAAAGGCUGCCCAGACUGCUUUGGUAUCCAUGGGUUUCCAGGCCCCCGGAUCAAUUACGAAGAUGACCGAUCAAAUGUUCCUUUUUUAG